AUGUUGCCUGGCAUGGUUGGAUCACUGCGAAUUUUUUUCAAACAUCACUCUGCCUACUGGCGAGGAGCACUCUAUAUAUGUUGCUCCAAUUGUUUUGUUAUGAGAAUAUCACUGUCAAACAGUACGUACCAAGCAAUUGAAUUACCCACAGAAGAUGCAGAAUUUUAUCUAGGAAAAUCAGUCAAUGGGAUAUACUGUGCAUCGUUAUUUCAGGGUUUCCAACUUCAGGUUUGGUUCCUAAACGACCCAUGUGUUCAUGGUCAGACAAAGUGGGUGUUGAAGCAUGACAGAGAUAUCUUCUCCAUCCUUCCAAAUCUGAACUACGACAAACAACGUGAUGGACCUUGGAUCUUACAAGAAUUUCGUUAUUGGGGAAAUGAAGAUGCUGAUGAUGAUUCUCCCAUUGUGUACAACAAGGAAGCAACCGUGGAACAGAAAUUUGUGUGGGAUUCUGACAAUGAUGAUGUUCUCGAACCUGGUGAUAGGAGCAAUGACUGUUGUAUCAUUUUCCUUGGAUUUCAUCCUUACAAAGAGGUUGUCUUCUUGAGUGAUAAAUUCGACAGAGUGCUUGCUUAUAACUGGAGUAGCUCGAAGCUUCAAGAUUUGGGCAAGGUUUUCCCGAAAUUCUAUACUGACUCAGAAUCCGAUUACUACCAUCAAUAUGUAAAAGAGUCUUUCCCAUACACUCCCUGCUGGUUGGGAGAACUCCCUGAAAAAAUGAAUUUAUUAGAAGCUCACUAG